AUGUUGUCAGCGAGAAUCAAUCCAGAUAAUAGUGAUAAUGAAGGUGGAUCAACUAUGCCUGGUGAUUAUGAACAACUGCCAAGAGUUGGAGCACGCGUUCCACCAACAUCAUCAACUGCUUCACCUUCUCGACCGGCAGCACCUCAAGCAUCUCGACCUAGACGAAGAUCUCCUAUAGUACCUCCGAGAAAUGCACCACCAAGACGAAGACCUCCUAGACCACAGCAUUCUCCAGUAAGAGUUCGUCAACGUAGACAACGAUCACUCACACCAGAUGUUGUCAUUCAUCGACGAGGUCGUCAUCAUUCAUCACCAGGACGACAUAGAGUUUUUCGUAUUCCACUUGAUAAUCGUCCAACACUUGGUUUACGUGGACCUCCAAAACGAAUAUUGGAACUUGAACGUGUUCGAUGUCGUCGACGUAGACGACGUCGAUCACCAUGCUAUGAACUUGAUUAUGAUGAACCACCGCAAGCACAACUACAACCUAAUGUCGUGAUUGCCAAUCCAAUAUCAAAUCCAUGUUUGCCACCAGUUCAACCAUCAUUUAUGGCAAUGAAUGGUAAUCCUUCUGCUUCAGCAGGAUUAUUCGCAAAUUUAACUGCAGAAAUGAUUGAAAAUUUACCGAAACAGACUGUUCAUUUACCAGCUAUACAUCUACCGGGCAGUCAAGCUAAUGCUGAAACAGAACUUCAUACUGUUCUAUUUCCUGCUGAAAUAAUCAAUCCCGUUGAUGGAACUCUAUCUAUUAUUCAAGCUAAUUCUAUGCCAAACGGCGGUCAAACUGUCAAUGCCCAAUCUCCUCCAGUAUUAAUUCCUGCACAACCACAAUCAAUCAUUGCACCAUCUAAUGGUACACCUCUAGGAACAUAUUUGUCUACGGCAUCAGGUCCAUUUAUGCAACAAGUUCAAGAUCUUUUGCAACGAAUCACUCUCUCACAACCACAAUCAACACUACCAACUGCUAAUGCAAAUGGUAUUCAACGACCAAUAUCAUCUGUCAAUCCUUCUGCUAAUCAAUCAUCAUUACCUAUUAUACCACAAUCUAAUCAAGCAAAUAAUAGAUUUCCUAAUCCACAAUCGAUUUCACGAAUCAAUUCAAAUAAUAUAGGAUCUUAUCCUUCUGCAAAUAUUCGACCGACGAAUACUUCAAAUAUAGGAGCAUUUAAUUCAACACCUUCUGUACCAUCUAAUCCAAGAAAUAUCAGACCUCCUUUUCGUCCAUCAAAUAUGGCAACUUUUGAGCCGUCUAAUGGUACACCAAAUAAUCCUAGAAAUCCUACACCUUAUCGACCAGCAAAUCUUUCAACGUUUCAACCAACUCGUGGUGCACCUUCUAGUUCCUCAGAUAUCGGUCCAUAUCGUCCAGCAAAUAUAACAGCCGUGAAUUCUACACGUAAUCGUUCUGUUGGCAGCACUACUUUGCCACCUUCUGCUCCAUAUGGAACGACUCCUUAUACUUCAUCUCUUUCUUUAGGAUCCCCCGGUGCUCUUAAUUCCUUUCAUUCACGUAUUGAUAAUAAUUCUACAAAUGUAUCAAAUCUAUCACCAACACAAACUCCUUAUCAAUCAGAUAAUCCAGCACCGAGAUCAAUUCUUCGUAAUGGACAAUCAAAUGCUCAAAUAAAUACGACUUAUACUCAUUUAAAUUCACCAAAUGUUUCGUCAUCGCGUGGUAUUGUUCGUAAGGCAACAACAUUUGCUUAA